UGCUGUCAAUCAGUGCCACUUAUCAGUGCCAGUCAGUGCUGCCUAUCAGUGUGCAUCAGUGCUGCCUAUCAGUGUCAGUCAGUGCCACCUAUUAGUGCCAGUCAUCAGUGCCAUAUAUCAGUGCCAGUCAGUGCUGCCUUUCAGUGCCCAUCAGUGAUGCCUGUCAAUGCCCAUCAGUGCCACCUACCAGUGCCUCCUCAUCAGUGUCCAUCAGUGCAGCCUAUCAGUGCCCAUCACUGCAGCCUCACUAGCACACAUCAGUGAAGGAGAAAAAUCAUGAAUGGUUCACAAAAUAU